CGCUGCCCUCACCCAGGAGUGUCCCUGCCUUUCCCAUCUYUGCUCUUUUACAACUUUCCCCUUUGCAGUCUCCCUCCUAUCCACCUCUUCCCUUUGCAUUCCUCCUCUUUGCAAUUCUGCCUUUGCAUCCCUCCCCUUUGUAUCCCUCCCUUUUCACCUCCCCCUUUGCACCUCUCUCACUUACAUCCCUCCCCUUUSCCUCUCUGCCCCCUUCGCAUCCCUGCCUUUUCUCAUCCCUCCCCUUUGCAUCUCUGCCUCUCGCAUCUCUGCCCCCGUACACCCCCUGCCCCUCGACCCUCUGCAUCCUCGCCCCUUCGCACCCCUGUCUGCUCGGAUCUCAGCCCUUGGGGCAUCUGCCCCAGCACCCUCCACUCCUCCCUCCCCCAGCCCUUCGCAUCUCCGCCUCGCUGCCUCCCUGCGCUCUCCCCUAACCCCGGUCCCCCGCAGCCUCCGGGGCAUCCCGCAGCGCCUCCGGGCCGUCCUGCCCCCCGCUCCAACCCCGCUGACCCCCGUCCCUCCCCGUCCCUCCCGGCCCGGAGCCGCCCGCGAUGCCGCCGCUGCCGCUGCCGGUAGCGGUGCCGGUGCCGGUGCCGGUGCUGGUGCUGGGGCUGGUGCUGGUUUUGGGGGGCCGGGCGGCCGGCGGGGGAGGCUGCCAGCUGCCGGCCGAGUGGAGACCGCUCAGCGAGGGCUGCCGGGCCGAGCUGGCCGCGAUCAUCGUGUACGCGCGGGUGCUGGCGCUGCACCCCGACCCCUACGGCGCCUACAACUACCUGCCCUGGCAGAGGGAYCCCCCCGGCGGCCCCCAGCAGGGAGCGGGAGACCUCUUCUACUCGGCCGAGAUCGAGCUGCUGUGCGACCAGGCGUGGGGCAGCAUGCUGGAGGUGCCCGCCGGCUCCCGCCUCAACCUCACCGGCCUCGGCUACUUCUCCUGCCACUCGCACACCGUCAUGCAGGGCUACGCUUAUUUCUUCUUCCUCCGAAUGGAUGAGAACUACAUCCUCCUGCCACAUGGAGUCAACUUCCAGGAGGCGAUUUUCCCUGAUACCCAGGAGAACAGAAGGAUGUUUGCCAGCCUUUUCCAGUUUUCAAACUGCUCRCAGGCACAGCAUGUGUUGAGCUUCUCCAGUGACUGGGAGAUUCAAGAGGACAACCGGCUCAUGUGCUCCUCGGUGCAGAAAGCCCUGUUUGAGGAGGAGGACAGGGUGAAGAAGCUGCAGCAGAAAGUGGCGACGCUGGAGAAGCGCAACAAGCAGCUGCGAGAUCGAGUGAAGAAAGUCAAGAGGUCUCUCCGGCAGGCCAGGAAAAACUCCAGGCACAUGGAGCUGGUGAACAGAAAGCUCAGCGAGAAACUUUCCUCGGCAGGUGGUCAAAUCCCCUACAUUAACUCUUUGAAGCAGGAGAACUCCCAUGCCACCUACCUUAAGGUAUAAUGCAAGGGUAAGUGCUCAGAUGAGCAGUGGAGGUGAAUUUUGCCUGCUUUAGAUCAGGGUCCGGCCCUCACACCUUGUCUGUGCUGUGCUUCAAACCUCACAUGGAAAACAAAUCUGAACUUGCCUUAGGCACAGUGCUGGUUUAAACAGGAAUGCCAGCUGGAUUUGGCACAGCCCAAAGCUGUCUCACUGGACACAAGGCCUGACAGUCACCUGUGCUUCUCCUCCCUCACCCACCUCCACCACCAGUUUUAGGCUGUCUUUGAUAGAAUUGCCAGCCCAGCCCCUGGGCCAUUGCAGGCACUUGACAAAGGAGCUCUUCCUGCCACUUKACCUCCUCCCCAUGGGCUGGGCAAGGAAGGCUUGGGAUGUAGAGAUGGAUGUGRUGGGGAGGAUGCAGCCAUGAAUGCCCUUUAUGCCCUCAUCACCCCCAAGCUCUCAACCUUGCUUUAAGCUUUACUAAAGUCCACACCUGGUGCCUGGGCAAAGGCCAUGUUUGAGACACAGUUUGUGCCUCUCCUCAGCAUGAAAUAUAGGUGUGCCCAAAUUGUCUUAAGAUUGUUUCUAUAURUCUUUAAAUAUUCUAAAUAAAAUAUAUAAUAACUUUUAUUUUUCCAAGAAGUGCCUCAAGGCUCUCAGUAGCUCCCUCAGGUGCCUUUAUMAUUGGUCAGCCAGCGGGGUUGGAAACUGCAUAAUUUCAGGGCUGUGUCUGAGACCUAAUCCUGCAGUCAGGAGUGGACUUUGCCUAUGAGUGGGUGUUGGAUCAGGCCCAGCAGGCAAUUUCAGAUCCCAUUCUCAAGGAGGUUUAAUUUACAGUGUGGACAAAGCUUCGAGUUUUGUAGUCAUUGAGGUAUAAUGGAGGUUGCUGGGCAGCCUCACUAGGUUACACUUAGAGCCURUAGAGACCACACCAAUAUCAACAGGGCAUUCAAAAUUUAGGUAGUUUAUAUAUGUAUAUAUUUUAAAAUCCUAUAGAAAAUAUUUUUAUUACACAUUUGAUAUAGUCUAAUUUCUUAAAAUAUGAAGUAAAACCUGUUUCUYGGUUAUCUUGUAAAAAAGAAAAGUUCAUUAUUUGCUUUAUUAGACAUUUAUAAACUGACUUUUGCUCAGGCAGUGUGAGUUUAGGCAUCAGUAUCCAUGGCUGAUAAUGCUUUGAACUAUCCCAGCACUUGGAAAAGCCCAUAUCAGCUUUCACACGUGAGCUUCAGUCCAAGCAGAACACAAAGUUGACUCUCAUUACCUUCCAGUUUUACUUCUUUUGGAAAUUCAAUUUUUUUUCCCUCUUGAAAUAAUAUUGGCAUUUCUUAAGAUUCUGGCUGCUCCACUGGUUUCAAAGGCUCCACCUACCACAUCACCACAAUUUGAGUUGUUUUCUGCUGGAGUCAGCAAUGCURUUUCCUGAGAAUUACUACAGAACUUAGGCUUCCGUAGAAGCCAUCAAGAGAUUUUUAACUCCAAAAUUUAAAUCCAUAGAAAAGUAACUACUUUUUUAUUGUUUCAUUUUCUUGUUUUUAAACUGCUGUACAGUUUAAAACUGCUGUAUACAUGAACUGGUUUUCCUGGGAUAGGUAWUAAAAGCUUGUAUUUUCAUUUUUUGUUAAGAAAAAUAUUCCCUCUGGUAUUCAUUCAUGUUYUAUAAGUGUUUGUAUAAAGCUGAGAAAGUAUAAUUCAUGUAGCUACACCUUUGCUAUUCCUAAAGAUUUUCCAAACACAUUGUUCAAUAUCUUUUUCUUUGGCUGUUAUUUUUGUUGCCUGAUGAAAAGAUUGGAAUUUUCUUUCUAUUUCUCCCUUUGUCUGCUUUAAAAAAAAAGUAAAACAUUUUG